CUACCCUAGUGUGACUGCUUCACUCCUACUCCGGCCCAGCCUACUCUUGUGAGGCGCAACAGAGAAGGCAGAAUAGAUCAUCGGUCAAUCGGAGCGUGAUCCAGACGCGGACGAAGCGACGGAGGGAGGACGGGAGGGGGCGACGACGGCGGCGGCGCUGCUAGGGACCUAGGAUCCGUUGUCCAUCGGCGACUCGGCAGCAAUCCACAUAUUGGAUUCCUAAUCUAAUCUCCGAUUACGCGAUUCAAUUCUCCAGGGGUCCAGAUAGAUAUAGCAGCAGAUUGUCUUCUCCAUCUGGCUUCCAUUCGAAAGUACACCAAUAUGGUGAGAGAAAAAGAAUCAGAUCCGAAUUUAGGGUAUUUGACCCUGAAAGAGACUGAGGUCAAGCUUCCGAGGCCUACCCGGGUCAAGAACAAGACGCCGGCACCGAUUCAGAUCACCGCUGAACAGAUUCUUCGGGAGUCCCGGGAGAGACAGGAGGCAGAAAUAAGGCCGCCAAAGCAGAAAAUUACCGACUUCAGUGAGCUCUCCGACUACCGAAUUCAGAAGCGCAAGCAGUUUGAAGACCUAAUCCGCCGUGUGAGGUGGAACAAAGGCGUCUGGGUGAAGUAUGCAAGGUGGGAAGAGUCCCAGAAAGACUUCAACCGUGCUCGCUCCGUGUGGGAGCGUGCAUUGGAGAUAUUCUACCGAGAGCCGACAUUAUGGCUCAAUUACGCGGAGGUAGAAAUGAAGAAUAAGUUCAUAAAUCAUGCUAGGAAUGUCUGGGACCGUGCAGUAUCCAUAUUGCCCAGGAUUGAUCAGCUUUGGUAUAAGUAUAUUCACAUGGAAGAGAUGCUUGGGAAUGUCCCUGGAGCAAGACAGGUCUUUGAGAGGUGGAUGUCAUGGCAACCAGAUCAACAGGGUUGGCUUUCAUAUAUCAAGUUUGAGCUGAGAUAUAAUGAGGUUGAUCGGGCUAGAGCAAUAUUUGAGAGAUUUGUUCAGUGCCAUCCAAAAGUUAGUGCUUGGAUUCGUUUUGCCAAGUUUGAGAUGAAAAAUGGGGAGGUUUCCCGGGCAAGGAAUUGCUAUGAGAGGGCAGUGGAUAAGUUGGCCGAUGAUGAAGAGGCAGAACAACUGUUUGUUGCUUUUGCAGAAUUUGAGGAGAUGUGCAAGGAGUCGGGAAGGGCCAGGUGCAUAUAUAAGUUUGCACUCGAUCAUAUCCCAAAAGGUCGGGCUGAGGAUUUGUAUAAGAAGUACGUGGCUUUUGAGAAGCAGUAUGGUGACAAGGAUGGCAUAGAGGAUGCCAUUGUUGGGAAGAGGAGGUUUCAGUACGAAGAUGAGAUCAGGAAGAAUACACAUAAUUAUGAUGCCUGGUUUGACUAUAUUCGGCUGGAGGAAAGUGUCGGAAUCAAGGAGAGGAUUAGGGAUGUUUAUGAGAGAGCCAUUGCCAAUGUGCCUCCUGCCGAAGAGAAACGGUAUUGGCAGAGAUAUAUUUACCUGUGGAUCAAUUAUGCCUUAUAUGAGGAGCUUGAUGCACACGACUUUGAACGCACCAGAGAAGUUUAUAGGGAGUGUCUGAAAUUGAUCCCUCAUAAAAAGUUCUCAUUUGCGAAGAUAUGGCUAUUAGCAGCACAGUUUGAAAUAAGGCAGUUAAGGCUUGAUGCUGCCCGAUCAAUCCUUGGUACGGCAAUUGGAAUGGCCCCCAAAGACAAGAUAUUCAAGAAGUACAUUGAAAUAGAAUUGCACUUGGGAAACAUUGAUCGUUGCCGAAUACUUUAUGAGAAAUAUUUACAAUGGUCUCCAGAGAACUGUUAUGCCUGGAUGAAAUUUGCUGAGCUCGAGAAGUCGUUAGAUGAAACAGAGCGGACGAGAGCUAUUUUUGAGCUUGCAAUCGACCAAGUUGCGUUGGACAUGCCAGAGUUGCUUUGGAAGGCGUACAUCGACUUUGAGAUAUCAGAAGGAGAAUAUGAAAGGACAAGAGCAUUGUAUGAGAGGCUUUUGAACCGCACAAAACAUUUGAAAGUAUGGAUUAGUUAUGCCAAGUUCGAAGCUCCUGCUAUAGAAGGAGAUUCCUCUGAUCCAGAAGGGAAAGAAGUCAGUCAUGAACAAAAGGUGGAAGGCUUACACCGGGCUAGAGGGGUGUUUGAAAGAGCGAUAAGUUACUACAGAACAUCGGCUCCCGAACUGAAAGAGGAGAGGGCGAUGCUCUUGGAAGAAUGGCUAAACAUGGAAAGCAGCUUUGGUGACGUUGGAGAUGUUGAGUUAGUCCGGUCCAAGCUGCCCAAGAAACUGAAAAAGAGGCGUCAGAUCGAGACCGAGGAUGGCCCAUCAGGGUAUGAGGAGUACAUAGACUAUCUCUUCCCAGAAGAGACUCAGACCACGAAUCUUAAAAUUUUGGAAGCUGCGUAUCAUUGGAAGAAGAAACAAAAGGUUUCUGCUGAAGAUUAACGAACAAAACUUCAAAAGGCUUCUGCUGAAGAUGAUGGCAUUCACUAAUGGUACGUCUGCUCUCAGUUCGGCAUUCGAUGGCAACAGAUUGAGCAGGUAAUGAAAAGUUUCACCAAUUGAGGUUUGGGAUGAACCACUUCCAGAUUUAUAUCUGAUCUUUGGUAGUUUAGUGUUGUGUGUGAUGUAGCUCCAUCAAAUGUUGUACCUAGGGCUCUUGGUGGGGGUGGGGUGGGGGUCUGUAAUAUCUUAGUUCUAUUGGGUAAUUUAAGCUGCUUUUCGCGCAGAGGAAGGAGAGAAAGUUGUACUGUAUGAUCAAAGGGCACCUUAUUCUUGAGUGUUGUUCACUCAUCUCAUGAAUUUGUACUGUGGAGGGUUAGGAUAUGGUAUGGAUUUACCAUACCCUUACAAGAUUGAAAAGAGGUUUAAAGGUAAAUUCGUACCCCCUCGGAUGUGUAAAAAACUUCAAUCUUUUCCCUUUUGCUCUAAAAAGAUUUACAGU